AUGAUUCGUCAACAUUUUUUACAACAACAACGUUUAAAUUAUAAUCAUGAUCGUCUACUUGAACGAUAUCAACAUCUUCUCUCACCACAAGUAUCUGAGUUUCGUGCAUUUGGUGCAAGUUCAUUACCGGGUCGAAAUUAUGAGGAAUAUUUAAGAACCAUGAAUUGUAAUCCUUAUCGUAAAGAUUCAUUAGUUGCGUUAUCACGAGCGGGUAUUGGUUCAUCAAGUGAAACCUAUCGAUGGUUGGGUAAUGGAGCAUCAGAAAUUUUACCAAGAAAUAUUAGUUCUGUCAUGAAACAUACUCGACAGCAACCAAUACCAAUAGUACAUACAGAAAAAUUUGAACCUGUUCAAGUUUAUGAGCAUCCAGUAUUUGGACCAACACCUGCUUAUAUUCGGCCUAUAUAUAAUGAAACACAACUUCAAAGACUACGGGAAUUUAAUGAUAAUAAUAGUGACAAAGAUAGUACUGAUGAUGAAUACGACAAUGAAGUUCGAUCACAUACUUCAGGCAAUAUUCAUUUAAGAAAUGAUCAUAGUGAAGAAAGAAAAACUUCCUCGAUUUCUGACAAUGAUAAUGAUGGUGAAUUCGAUGAUCCACCUUUAGGAUAUAUAUCAUAUAAACAAUGGAAAACAAAAUAUGAAAAUCUUAUUCCAGUUAAUCCUCUUCUUUUUAAUAUUUAUACUCACCGUCCAAACGGAUCGAUUAAUAGUUAUGGUCAAUCAUUGUAUACAUCACUUAAUCAUAUUAAACCUCAUGGACUAUCAGGUCGUGAUGAGCGUGUAACUACUCCAACUCUAUCAGAUAUUGAUUCUGUUUUAUCUGAAAUACCUCGUGAAACCUCUUCAUUAUCAAGUCAACAAUAUCAUAGAUUGCAACCACAUUCGCUUCCUACAACUAUUAAAACACGGCCAUUAGAACCUAUUCGAGCAGGAGAUGGUAGCGACUCAUCGGACGAUGAGUUAAGUCCACCUGAUUCACCUGUUCCCUAUUUAUCACGAAACAAACCAAAUUUAAUGACAUCAAAGUCAGUACCUAGCACUAUUCCAUCAACAUCGAUAAAGUCACCAUCAGUUCCAACCACACGAAUAACGUCAUCAUUAUCACCAACAAUAGGAAUAACAUCAUCAUCAGUACCAACAACAGGCAUAACAUCAUCAUUAUUACCAACAUUAGGAACUACAUCGUCAUCAGCACCAACAACAGGAACAACAUCAUUACCGUCAGCUGUAACAUUAGAAACAACAUCAUCACCUUCAGCUACAAAAACAGAAACAACAUUAUCACCGUCAGCUUCAACAAUGGGAAUAACAUCGACAUUGAACACACCAAGCGGUAACAACACUACAGGUGCAUCUAUUCCACCAACAUUGCCAACGAAUGCAUCAAAUAUUCCUCCUGCACCACCAAUUUCUUCAUAUUUAACGUCAACAACAUCUACUCAUUCAUAUCAAACACCUUCUUCAAGUCUUACAAUUCCAUCAUCUUCGAUUACACCAUCUGUACCAAAGGCUUUAUCGAGUUCGGGCUCAUCUGCUACAUAUCAAGUACCUUCAAAUGCUUCUGUUUCUCUAACACCGGCUCCACCACUUCCUAGUUCAAUAUCAACAACACAUUCAACAAAAGCGGUAACUUUUGGUGGUUCAUCGUCAAUUCCAAUAACAAAUAAUGAUGUUUCAAGUAGUAGUGAUAGCGAGGAUGAAGAAAAACAGAAACGUCGACGAAAAAAGACGAGACAAGCUCAAGCUGCUCAAGGCCUUGAUGUGGAUUCAUCAUCUUCAGAUGACUAA